AUGAAAUCAGCGUCGCCAGCAGAGGCGCUGCCCUUCCCACCGUGCUCGGUGCAACUCGUGACGGCAUCCCGGAGCUUCCACUACUUCCACCAGUCUCGGUUCCUCGACGAGGCGAAGCGCGUCCUCGCCCCGUCCGGGGUCCUGGCCAUCUUCAACUGCGGCCUCCUCCCCGUCGGCUUCCCCACUCUCGGCCGCGACAGGAGCGAUGCGCUCUCGAGUGCACUUCGUCACGUCGAUGGACUGAUGACUGACUACUGGACCGAUGCCAGGUCCACGUUCAGCCUGGAAGACUUUCAGCUCCCGAUGAACGAAGCUAAAACUUUCAGGUUCGGCGAGAUACAUUCGGACAUAUCCAUGGAUGCAGACGGACUCGUCGGCUACGUCCAGACGUGGUCCGCCUACGGUCGGAUGAAGGAAAAAGAGGGGAAGGAUCGGAUGGAUGCCAUCGCCUCUGACCUCCGCCGAAGGCAAGAUCGCCUUCGGCAGCGUUUCUCGCUCGGUUCCAAUCCCUUCCCCGAUGACCUCUGGUCCCCCCCGUCGCAGGUUGGAGAGGGUGCUGUCCCCCGGUGA